GUCUACUGCGAGCCCACCGUCACCGCGCUGUGCGAGCGCAGCACGCCCUGCCUACGCUGCACCGUGAUCAAGAACCCGUUCUUCAAGUGCAUCCCGGGCGAGAAGUACAUGGACGAGUGCGAUUCCUGCCGCUGCACCGACGGCCACGGCGGCUGGUGCACCAACCAGUUCUGCGAGUUCCGCGCCCUCCACCUCUACGCCAUCAAACUCUCCGACGGCGAGUUCUACUGA